GAUUAAAGAAAAUGUUCAAAAGUGUUUACCUCGUUAGUUUAGUGAAUGUUAUUAACUGAAUAUGUACUUAAGCACAUACGUUGUAACUCCGAAGCAUGACUUGAUCUUUUCUAAAGUUUACGAAAUAAUACGAAUCCAAAAUUAAAUAUAUGAGCUAUAUCUGGAAUAUCCCCGCUUGUGCGCACAUUCAGGAAAAAAAAAAGAAAAAAAAAGAAAAGAUAAAAUGCAGAAAAGAAACAUUAACGCUUUAGAUUAUAUGAACUUUAGUCGGUUUAUUUAGAAGAAUAAAGAACAUACAGGUCCAGCUUUACAAGUGAUCAUACCAGUUUCAUUUUAAUAUUUACAAGAUGGAAAAAUUUAUGUUCAUAAUCUUUCUUCUCUUUUGUAUCAGUGACGGAAACGAAAGUUGCCCUCAGAUUAUCGGACGGAGCGAGUGGACUGAUGUAGACGCAAAAAGCAUAAAUUAUUUAAUUAUUCCCAUACCAUAUGUCAUUAUUCAUCAUACAGUUACCGCAGAAUGUAAUACUAGAAGUGAAUGUAUUGCUCAAGCCGAGAACAUUCGAUCUUAUCACAUGGAUAGUAAUGGAUGGGAUGAUAUAGGAUACUCAUUUCUAAUCGGUGGAGAUGGGAAUGUAUAUGAGGGCCGCGGCUGGAAUCGUGAAGGAGCUCAUACCAUUGGAUAUAAUAAAAAAUCUGUCGGAAUUGGUUUUAUAGGAAAUUUUCAAGAAAAGGCCGCAAGUGAUAAAAUGCUGAAUGCCGCGCAUGCAUUAAUUCAUUGUGGCAAAUCAAAAGGAAUACUUAGAGAAGAUAUUCGUGUAAUCGGUGCUAAACAAGUUACAGCCACUAUGAGUCCUGGAUCAAAACUUCAGAAGCAAAUUAAAAAUUGGCUUGAAUGGGUUCCUACUCCGUAACCGCAGAACAUAAGUGUUUGAAUGUAGUAUUUGUCUAUCAAUAACAAUGUUAUACGAAUAAUAUAUAAUUAACAGGGAAAAUGUUGAUUUGGGUAAUAUAUUUAGCAUCUUUUAUUUUA